AUGUGCACUACUUUGGAGAAAACAGAAAACAACAUGGAAAUGCAUCAAGAAAGAGAAGACUUAGAGCUACCAAUGUUCGAGUUAGCUAUAAUUACGAAAGCCACCAAUAACUUUUCAUUAUCCAACAAGCUUGGAGAAGGUGGCUUUGGAGCUGUAUACCAAGGCACACUAGCGGAUGGGCAAGAAAUUGCUGUGAAGAGGCUCUCAAAUAUUUCUAGGCAAGGAUUAAAUGAGUUAAAGAAUGAAGUUUCACUGAUUGCGAAUCUACAGCAUCGAAAUCUUGUAAAGCUUCUUGGUUGCUGCAUUGAAGCGAACGAGAAAUUGUUGAUUUAUGAAUUAAUGCCCAACAAGAGCUUGGACUACUUCAUCUUUGAUCAAUCAAGAAGUGAGCUAUUGGACUGGUCGAAGCGUUUCAACAUUAUAUGUGGGAUUGCAAGGGGUCUUCUCUAUCUUCAUCAAGAUUCUAGACUGAGGAUUAUACAUAGAGAUCUCAAAGCAAGUAAUGUAUUACUUGAUCAUGAAAUGAACCCAAAAAUUUCAGACUUUGGUUUGGCCAAAACUUUUGGUGGAGAUCAAACUGAAGGGAACACAAAAAGACUGGCUGGAACUUAUGGUUACAUGGCACCAGAAUAUGCUAGUGAGGGACUGUUCUCUGUUAAAUCUGACGUGUUUAGCUUCGGCAUUUUAUUGUUAGAGAUCUUAAUUGGGGUGAGGAAUAGAGGGUUCUAUCAUCUAGAGAGUGGCCUCAACCUCACAGGAUGCAUGGAAACUAUGGAAUGAAGGCAAGCCAUUGGAACUGAUUGAUUCAGUGUUGGGAGAAUCAUGCAAUAUUUCAGAAGUAACAAGAUGCAUCCACAUUAGUCUCUUAUGUGUGCAACAGUAUCCGGUGGACAGGCCAACCAUGUCAACUGUAGUAGUGAUGCUUGGUAGUGAUAGUAUAUUGCCUCAACCAAAACAACCUGAUUUCUUGAUGGACAGGAAUUUACUUGAGCCAGGCCUUUCAUCAAACAAUUAUGGAUUAAUGUCAAAGAAUGAAAUCAGUAUCUCACUUUUGGAGGCUCGAUAAUUUUGUA